AUGCAUCGAAAUAUUGCGCUCCUUUCUUCUAUGGCGCUUCCAUUGGAAAGACCUGUGAAAUCUCCAACAAUUAUAUCUGUUGCUCAGUUUCGUCCAGAGAAGGCACACACACUACAACUUGAGGCAUUUUCAGUUGCCAUUAGAAAAUUAGAUGCAGACACGCCUAGACCCAAGCUCCAAUUUGUGGGUAGUUGUCGGAAUAAGGCAGAUGAGGAAAGAUUGCAAAAUUUGAAAAACCUAGCUAUUGAACUGAAGGUAGAAGAGGACGUGGAGUUCUACAAGAAUCUGAUGUACAGGGAAUUGGUGAGACUUUUGGGUAGUGCUGUUGUAGGGAUCCAUUCCAUGAUAGAUGAGCACUUUGGCAUAUGUGUGGUGGAGUACAUGGCCGCAGGUGCCAUACCAAUUGCUCAUAAUUCUGCUGGCCCAAAGAUGGACAUUGUGUUGGAAGAAGAUGGACAGCAAACUGGAUUUCUUGCUCAAAAUGUGGAAGAGUAUGCUGAUGCCAUCCUAAAAGUUUUGAGUAUGCCUGAAACUGAGAGGCUCAAGAUGGCUGCUGCAGCAAGGAGACGGGCUGGCAGGUUUUCCGAACAGAGAUUUUAUGAAGAUUUUAAAUCAGCAAUUCGGCCAAUUCUGUCAAAUUCUUCCCAGUGAGGGAAAAAGGGGCUGGCAUGCAAACUUGUUAAGGCUAGAGUGAUCGAUCUCUACCUUUUUAUUUUUUUUAAUUAUUUUUUUUAGAAAAGUGGAGAAAGUUUUGUCACUGUAAAAGGAUUAAGUUUUAAAUCAGUUUUUACUAUAAUCAAAGAAUUUGAGGAGGUUAAGCUAUUGGUUUGGAAAUGUGACUUGAAAGCUUCAACAAUGG